UCCAGCCCUGGUUCUAUAAAAAAUCAACAUAAAAUUCCACCCGCAAACGCGCCCAACAGUUUUGUUUUCAAUUAACCGCGAUGGGGGACAGUUCGGAUGAGGAAUACUUGGGCAAUGAUUGGCUGCCGUACAGCGAGCGCUCCGACUGGGAGGAUGUGGAGCCCCUCGCCCAGGACGACGGCCCCAAUCCGGUGGUCUCCAUUGCCUACAGCCAAAAGUUCCGCGAGGUUUUCGACUACAUGCGAGCCGUAAUUGCGCACGGCGAGAAGAGCCAGCGCGCCCUGGACCUCACCACGGAUGCACUGCGUCUGAAUCCGGCCAACUACACCGUUUGGCAGUACAGACGCGACAUCCUGCGCGAACUGAAGGCCGAUCUGAAUGCGGAACUGGACUAUCUGAGCGAGGUGAUUGGCCAGAACUCGAAGAACUACCAGGUGUGGCACCACCGACGCGUCAUCGUCGAAAUGCUGAACGAUCCCAGCAACGAACUGGAGCUCACGGAGAAUGCACUGGUCAACGAUGGCGAUGCCAAGAACUACCACGCAUGGCAGCAUCGCCAGUGGGCCAUAAAAAGCUUCAAACUCUACGACGACGAACUGAACUUUGUGGAUCGUCUGAUCUGCGAGGAUCAGCGCAACAAUUCGGCCUGGAACCAGCGCUUCUUCGUCAUCAAGCACUUUGGCUUCACACCGGACUUAAUACAGCGCGAGCUGACCUACACGAUGAACCGCAUUCGGAUUAUCAAGAACAACGAGAGCGCCUGGAACUACUUGGUGGGAGUGAUGCGACAGGGCGACAGUGGAAAAGCAGGACUGAACAGCUACCCAGAGGUGGUGGCCUUCGUGGAGGAGAUCUACCAGGCUGGCAAUCGAUCGCCCUAUCUGCUGGCCUUCCUCAUCGAUCUGUACCAGGAGCAGGCACUCCAACUGAAGGCUGGCGAUAACGAUCAGCUAGCAAGGAAGGUGUACGGCCUGUGCGAGGACAUGGCCACCAAACACGAUGUGAUCCGUCGAAAGUACUGGCAGUAUGUGGCCACCCAUCUGAAGAACCAGCUGAGCAAAGUUCAGGAGGAGCAGUAGUCCAGGUCCGAAAUUCAUUUUUGCUUAGUUUUAAACCACAUACGACGUACUUAGGCCUUCUUUAUACAUAAAUAAAAUUAAAUUUACCAGUCGA